AUGAACGAAGACGAGAACAGAUACGACGAAGAAAAAGCUGAGAAGGAAAAGUGGUCCAUUGAGAGAGGAAACAGAAAAUCACUUUUGACGUUGAUGACUGUCAGUAACGUAAGUAGUGACGUGAAACAAACUUUUUUUCCCCUUUUUACAUCAUUAUACCGUUCGUCUCUUUGGGAUCUCCAGUACACUAGAAAGAAUAAUGCUUAUCUAAAGUCUGUUGAUAUCUAUCUAUCUAUUCUGUUCAUAUCUAUCUAUCGAGCUAUCUAUAGCAGUCCAUAUCUAUCUAUUUAUUUAUCUAACUAUCGCCGUCUGCUCAUGAUCUAUCUAUCUAUCUAUCUAUCUAUCUAUCUAUCUAUCUAUCUAUCUGAUUCUGUUCAUAUCUAUCUAUCUAUCGCAGUCUGUUCAUAUCUAUCUAUUUAUUUAUCUAUCUAUCACCGUCUGCUCAUAUCUAUCUAUCUAUCUAUCUAUCUAUCUGGAUGUCUCUUCUUAUCUAUCUAUCUGAGUUUAUUCAUAUCCAUCUAUCUAUCUGUGAUCAUAUCUAUCUAUCUAUCUAUCUAUCUAUCUAUCUAUCAGAGUCUAUUCAUAUCCAUCUAUCUGAGUCUGAUCAUAUCUAUCUAUCUAUCUAUCUAUAUCAUGUUCAUAUCUAUCUGGCUAUCUAUCUCUUCCUAUCUAUCUUUCUAUCUGUUCAUAUCUAUCUAUCUAUAUCACUCUGUUCAUACUUAUCUGUGGGUGUACCUCAGUGUUCAUAUCUAUCUAUCUAUCUAUUCUUAG